AUGUUUUCAUACACUGCGAAAUCCUCGAUUAGGAAUUUGAGGAUGGCAUCCCCUUCAUCAAGGUUAGCACAAGUUCAAAGACAAUUCAGUGCAAGUACCUCGGCGAAAAAAGAAAUUCAAGAUGCUGCCCCUCAACUGGGCGCUGUAGCCAUUAAAUCCGCCCUCGAGAAAUCCAAAGUUCCGGUCGAGAAAAUCACAGAUGUAUACAUGGGAAACGUGCUACAGGGUAAUGUGGGACAAGCGCCAGCUCGACAAGCUUCUAUAUUCGCGGGUCUGCCUUCAACAGUCGAAGCGGUCACUGUCAAUAAAGUAUGCGCAUCUGGAUUGAAAGCUGUUGUGUUCGCUGCACAAAACAUUCAACUCGGCCUCGCAGAGGCUCAAAUUGCCGGAGGAAUGGAAAAUAUGUCCCGAGUACCAUACUAUUAUCCUCGAGCUAGCAGUCUUCCUCCAUUCGGGAAUAUACAAGCUGAAGACGGACUCAUUAAAGAUGGAUUAUGGGACGUUUAUAAUCAAUUUCACAUGGGGGUAUGUGCAGAGACUACAGCAAAGAAGUAUAAUGUUACACGAGAACAGCAAGAUGAAUACGCUAUCCAAUCAUACAAACGGGCGCAAGAAGCAUGGAAAACCGGAGCUUUCAAAGAAGAGAUCGCCCCUGUAACUGUGAAAGGUCGCAAGGGCGAGACCAUUAUUGACACGGAUGAAGGUUACCUGGAUGUCAAAUUCGACAAAAUACCUUCAUUAAAACCGGCAUUCGUUAGAGAUGGGACUGGGACAGUUACCGCUGCCAAUGCUUCAACAUUCAAUGAUGGCGCUAGCGCAUUGGUGUUGGGAAACAAAGCCAUUGCACAAGAAUAUGGAUCAGGAUCUAGAGUAUUGGCACGAAUUUGUAGCUCGGCAGAUGCUGCAGUUGAUCCCGUCGAUUUCCCUGUUGCUCCCGCCAAAGCAGUCCCGAUUGCUCUGGAGCGAGCAGGAAUCAAGAAGGAAGAUGUAGCAAUUUGGGAAUUUAAUGAGGCAUUCGCAGCCGUAAUAAAGGCAAAUGAAAAGAUCCUCGGACUUGAGAACGCAAAAGUUAAUUUACUUGGUGGAGCCAUCUCACUUGGCCAUGCUCUCGGAAGUUCGGGUUCACGAAUUCUCACAACAUUAUUACAUCAAUUAAAAGUCGGAGAAUAUGGUGUUGCGGCGAUUUGUAACGGUGGUGGUGCUGCGACAGCGAUCGUUGUACAAAGAAUUGAUAGUGUUUAA